GUUAUUUGCAAGCAACAGAGUCUCUGGCCCUUGCGUCGCAGAGCGGAGGAGAUCAAGCUGGAAACUUGAAACGACGCAUUUCGCCGGAAAGAGAUAAAUUAUGAUGCUCCGAGGGAGUCUUUCAUCUUGCGAAUUAAAAAUUUCCCAACCAGCUCUUUAUUGGAUGGAGGCUUCGUCACAAGCCGAAAGAAUUAACAAUGUCGCGUUGACACAAAAUUUCUCAUAAUCAAAUCAUCUCCUCUUGUUUUCGCUUCCAGUUCUAUUUCUCGGAGUCUAAAAUGCAGGGCACCAUCACUCUGAAUUCACUAUCCCACAGUCUCUGUUUCCCUCCUUUGUUCACGAACGGAUCCCAGAAAUCCCAAUCCAUCUCCACCAGCUCUGCCAAAAAGUUCAGUGCUUUUCGGGCAAACGUGUCAGCUUUGACACCUGCGGCAACACCCACAAGCUUUGGGUUCAUGAAUUUGAUGGAGACAUUCACUGUGGACGUGCAAAGAGCAGAGAACAGGCCAUUGAACGUGCCCUUGAUUGCUCCUUUUACGAUCGCUUCUUCGAGAUUAGACAAGGUGGAGAACGUGGCGAUUAGAGUUGAAUUGAGGAAUGGUUCGGUCGGGUGGGGAGAGGCGCCAAUCUUGCCCUUUGUUACUGCGGAGGAUCAGCCUACUGCCAUGGCCAAGGCUGCUGAGGCGUGUGACUUCUUGCGGCAAACUCCUGCGCUGACAUUGGGCUCCUUGUUGAAGGAGAUUGAGGGUAUUCUUCCAGGCCAUGAGUUCGCUUCGGUCCGGGCAGGGGUGGAGAUGGCAUUAAUUGAUGCUGUUGCUAAUAAUAUUCGCGUGCCACUUUGGAGGCUUUUUGGUGGAGCUUCAAAUACCAUAACCACUGAUAUAACAAUCCCAAUUGUUGGCCCAACUGAAGCAGCUAAAUUGGCUUCAAAGUAUCGGAAAGAAGGAUUUAAGACUUUGAAGCUCAAAGUAGGCAAAAGCUUGAAUUCAGACAUAGAAGUUCUUCAAGCUAUACGUGUUGCACACCCUGAGUGUCAAUUUAUUCUGGAUGCUAAUGAGGGAUACAACCCCAAUGAAGCUGUGGAGGUUCUUGAAAAACUACAUGAAAUGGGCGUAACUCCAGUUCUAUUUGAACAACCAGUUCAUAGAGAUGAUUGGGAAGGUCUUGGAUAUGUAAGCUUUGUAGCAAGAGAUAAAUAUGGUGUAUCUGUGGCUGCUGAUGAGAGCUGUCGCAGUCUAAAUGAUGUUUCCAGAAUUGCAGAGGGAAACCUAGCAGAUGUGAUUAAUAUCAAACUCGCCAAAGUUGGAGUUGUGGGAGCCCUUAACAUUAUUAAAGUGGCAAAAGCUGCAGGAUUAAAUUUGAUGAUAGGUGGUAUGGUUGAGACAAGACUAGCUAUGGGUUUUGCUGGCCACCUUGCCGCUGGCCUUGGAUGUUUCAAGUUCAUUGACCUGGAUACACCACUUCUUCUUUCCGAAGAUCCAGUCCUUGAGGGCUAUGAAGUUUCAGGUGCCACUUCUAAGUUCACAAAUUGUAGAGGCCACGGUGGAUUCCUUCAUUGGGAUAACAUUGCUUGAAACGAGAGCUCUGAAUGUUCUCAAAAACUCUUAAAUUCCAAAAAGCAUUAUUGGACUAGUUGCAUCAGCCCUCUGCAAAAGGCUUUCACGUAGAUAGAAUAACAAUUGCAAGAGGAUAAGCGCUUGGAUAAUAAAGUGGUGUUGUCAUGACAUUGGUUGAUGGUAAUUACAAUAACAAGCAUGAGUGAAGAUUUAUUUUGCCUUGGAACUGGCUAUCAUUAGGAAUUUGCCAUGCAUUGUACUUAUCUGUGGAAAAUAAAUGCUCUUGAGGCUUUGAGCCAAAUAACAAAUAGUUGCAAGAAGAUAGUUUUUGAUUAUGUUGUAUUUCCAAACUCAAGUUUGGAACCACAAUUUAUCUUGUUGCGAUUAUGCAUUGAAUAGUACUAAUAAGAAACUAUUUCCUGUGCA